UUACUUUUAAAACUAGUCCCGGCUGAUCUAAGCAAAAUAUCCUAUAAAAGUGUAAAAAGUUCACACCUGGAAAGGGAAACAAAAUCUUUGAUUAGUGGUAAAGGGCAAGGGACAGACAUACCUGGGUCUGAACCUGAGCGCUGCCACAACUGACUUGGUGGCCUUGGGUUAUUGACUUUCAGUCUCUUUCUUCAUCUGCAAAAUUGAGUAAAUAACAGGGCUAAUAGCUGCCUCAUGAGAUUCGAAGGUGUGAUGGGACCACGCCAGCCACUUGUGCGGCCCACCUGGCUGGGGUGGCAGGGGCCCUCGUAAACAGUGCCCCUCCUCCCCUCCCAAGCCUGAACCAGGGAGGCAUGUGAAGGGCAAAAUGUGCCCUACUACUGAUCGGAGCCUUUGCUGGCGUGACGUGGGGCUGCUUAGGCUGAGUGCCAGUUACACACUUGCCUGCCUGCUUGCUGGGAGCCCUGGGAGCUGCACCCUCCCCUGGGGUGGGGCUGGGCUGGCUUGGGAGCAGAGCAGAGCAUGCACCCUGGUGGGAGAGGUUGGGCUGCAUGCCUUGUUAUGCUCCUGAAGAUUCGACUAACUCCUUCCACCUCUGGGGAAGAGAAAUAGGCAGAAUACAUUGGGAACAUCCUUCCUCAUGACACCAGAGCACAGGGAUGGGCGCUCCCUCCAGUGCCUGGCCUGUAGCAGGGACCCUGAGGACCUCUGACAGUAGCACCGCUCCAAGGCCAGGCACACCAGUGCGUCUGUGUGGGUGGUCACAGGAAUGCCAGAGUGCGUUAGAGAUGGGGAGAGUGUUGCAGAGGGAUGGGUGCACUGGGUCCUGCCUGUAUUUUUGAAAACUGCAUGUGUACGUAGUAAAUGUACAGUCAUUUUAGCAGAGGUCUGGGUGAGUGCGUGUGAACUAAACAGCUGGCAGUGGUCUUGCGUUGAAUUGCUGGGGAUUAUCAUUGUCUAUGUUUUGUUUACCUCUUGAAAUACUUCUACAAUGUGUAUUUUAUGUUUGUAAUUGCUGAGAACUAACAAGAUAGAAAAGUAAAGCAAAACAGGAUAUGAGACUGAGUAGCACGGUCCUGACUUCAUACUAUAUUGGGGCAGAAAAAAGGCCAGAGGAGAAGUAAUGUCAGUGUAGUGAUCUGAGUGGUGGGGUUAAAGGUAAUUUAAUUUUUAUUUUUAAAGUUUUUCUCAACUAUCAUACUUACCUUUAUACCCUGGGUGGGGGGGAAACUAGUUAAAAGUAAUUUUUGUGAACAAGAGAAUGAUUUUAACCAAGUUAAUGGGCCUCUAACUCAGAAAAGCAUUCUCAGUGCAUGCAACCAGGCAGUGGUCAUAAAUGCUGUGGCACAGGGCACGCCGGGAGGGCCACUGCUCCAGGAAGCCGGGCUGCGGGUCUCCGUGGAGAGAAAUGCCUCCCGUCUGCUGCUGUUCGGAUGCCCCUUCUUGCUGUCAGGGUUCAGCUGCUUUUUCAUCGCGGGGAGAACUGCAUCUGAAUAGUCAGGUGGACUAUUACCAUUUUUUAAGCAUGGGUUAAUUUUGCUGUAACAGAUUCAAAAAUGGUGUUUCCAACAAGAAACAUGGCUUCUCAUGUUCCAUCUCACAGGCACUUGGGCAGCUCCGCCCCUCAAGGUCUCUGGGAGCCUGCCAUGCUGCGUUGUCACCUGUCACUGUGGGCUGGGUGAGGGGCUGGGACACGCACACACCUCUUCCAUUCCUGGGUCCUUGGCUGGAAUCAGUCACACCUCACUUCAGGGCCCAUUAAGAAAUGUCAUUUGCAGGUGGCCGUGUGAACACUAAAAUUUCUGGAGGGAUUUCUGUCACUAAAAGGAAGCAGGAUGCUGGGCGGUCUUCAGUCUGCCACAGUUUACCCCACUGGCCACCUGGUCCCACAUCAAGCCUCCCCAAAUGCUGCCCUCCACACCCAGCGAGAGAGCAGGGUGGUCACAUAGACGCGUGCACUCAGGAAGGGGGAGAACCCCAAACCCACAGCAGUUGCUGGUCCACAGCUGCCAUGGUUCCGGGUAGAAUUUGCAAAGGUAGCCUGAACAAGUGGCCACUGAUCGAAGUGUUCCCAGGACCCAGUGGAAAUGAGGCCCUCCGUCGACUGAAAGAGAAGUACAGGGCCACUCACAGCUGUUCUGCUCAUAACCCCGAGCUGCCCGCAGCCCAGCUGUGGGUCUGGAUUUUUGAAUGGAGUCCAAGCCACUUCCUUCCCCUCUGCUCCCUGGCCAGUCGGGCCCCUGGGGUCAGAGGUGGAGCCCAGGGAAACCGCCCCAAGGGUUCUGACAGGUGACUCGAAGGCAACCCCAGACUCUGAAUUUCUGAGCAUGGAAAUCUGCAGACGGCAACAUCAGAAGCCCUCACGGUGAUGGAGCUUGCUGCCCCUGCAUCUGGGGGGGCCCCCGAACUCAGGUUGAGGGGGCUGUUGGGAAACCUGGAAGGGCAGAGCCUGCGGAGCUGUGCCUCCCAGGAGGCAGGUUUCAAGCAAGUGACGGUCACCCACUGGAAGAUCCAAGCAGGAGAAGCAGCCCUGGUGGGUGGUAGGUCAGGGGGGAGCCCGGUCCUGAGCUCCAACCUCCUCAUACUUCAGAGGGAGCUUAUAGAAGGGGAGGCCCACCCGCACAGGUGCGACGCGCGCGGGGAGGGGUUCGGCCAAAGCGCCUGCCUUGCCGAGCACCGGCAAGCUCACGCCGGAGGGAGGCUCUACGUGUGCGACGUGUGUGGGGAGGACUUCGUCCACCUCGCGGGCCUUGGGGAGCACCAGAAAACGCACGCGGGAGAAAAGGCGUUCAGGUGCGCCCAGUGUGGGAAGGGUUUCUGUCACAGCGCGGACCUGGCCCGGCACCAGCGGGUUCACACCCGCGAGAGGCCUUUUGAAUGCAAGGAGUGCGGGAAGGGCUUCAGCCAGAGCUCGCUGCUCAUUCGACAUCAGAGGAUUCACACAGGCGAGCGGCCCUCCGAGUGCAACGAGUGUGGGAAGGCCUUCAUCCGCAGCUCCAGCCUGGCCUGGUUCACUGAACCCCCGGAGGUGCUGCCCUCACCUGAGUACUCAUUGCACCCUCUGAGGGGCCUGUCCGGUGGCACCCUGCCCCUGCUGAGUGACCAGAAGCUAAGCAGGGUCAGUGGCUUUUUGCGGGUUGGGGGUGGGCUUGCUGUGGUCCUGCUCACCACACUGGCCUGGAAAUCCUAGGGAGGGUCUCUGGGUGGCAUGUGAAAAGCCCCCAUGGCGCCUGUGUGGUGAGCAGUGGUUACAUGGGGCAGGAACCACAGAGCAGUGAGCAGGGGACAGAGGAGAGUGGUCUGAGAGGGGCUUAGACUGGAGGUGCCCAUUGGGGCCGUCCCACCCCCUCUGCUGCUGGGUGUCCCUGGGACUGGUAUCCCAUGUGGCCCAGCCUCAAGGCCAUGCUCUCCUCCAUCCCCAUAGCCGCUGUCGGGGUGGCAGGCAGCCUGAUGGGGCAGACGAGGGCUGAGUCUGAGCUCUCUGUUCAGCAGCAGAUGCCGGAAGGCCAUGCAGGGAAUGAGGAACUACCAGAACUAGCCCAGCAGGAUUUUUAAAAUAAAUUUUUUUAAUCAGAGCAUAACAUACACACAGAUAU